AUGCCAAACAUUGGAUGCAUUCAACUCGAGGAAAAUAAUAAAAUCUUGAAAAACAUCCAAUAUAAGAAAUUUAAAGUACCAAUCCUUGGUAUAACACUUAUUCUUGGAACAAUUAUUGUUGCACUAUCUAUCGUUGCUCUUGUCAAAAUUAAUAAGAAACUUCAUCAAAUUCCAGAUAAGAGUGAAAAACCAAUUAUCAGUUCAAAAGCAAUUCAGCAAUCAUCUGACUCUAUUCUGGGCGCAUCUAUUCAUAUUGAUGAAGUGAUGAGCUAUCUCAAUGAGUUUCAACGUAUAGCCACUGCUAAUAAUGGGAUUCGAGCCGACAGUACAUCUGGAUUCCAUGCAACCAUGGACUAUAUCGAGAACUAUUUAACUGCUAAUACAAAUUAUAAAGUGACGAAGGCUAUUUUUCGUGUCAGAUCAGCAGCACUUGCUCGCAUACCUAUUUUAAUGUCAUCAAUAAAUGGUACUAUUACUAAUCAUUCAUUUACGACAACUCCAUCAACUACCGAUUUCUACCAUAUUCAGUACACGGCAUCGGCGAAUUUUACAGAUUAUGUUGAACUUACUGUAAUUCCAAACUUCGGGUGUUCAGAUGAUGAUUGGCGCAAUGCUAGUGCAUCGGCUUCUGGUCGAGUAGCAUUAGUGAAGCGAGGCAACUGUACUCUUGCGGAAAAAGCGACACUUGCUUCUAAAUACAAUGCUGCUGCUCUUCUUAUAUAUAACGAUGGUCAAUCACCUAAUCGUAUGGCACCUAUGUUUGUUGCUCUUAACGAAAGCAAUAAUUUACCAGCACUUUUUCUCUCAUAUCAAGUCGGUCAAAGAUUUGCUGAUGCUUCUCGAAUGAAACCAGGCAAUGUUCGUAUUUUAAUCAAUAUUGUCCGACGCAAUGAAUCAACAUCUCCAUCGGCAAAUAUUUGUGCUGACACUCCAACAGGUGAUGUUACACAGACUAUCGUCAUUGGUAGUCAUAGUGAUAGUGUUACAGCUGGAUCAGGAAUUAAUGAUAAUGGUAGUGGUAGUGCAGCCAAUCUAGCUUUAGCUGUUUCUCUUGCUCGUCUUUUUCGAACAUCAGCGUAUGCGAAAUAUAAAUAUCGAGUACGAUUUUGUUGGUGGGGUGCUGAAGAACUUGGUCUUCUUGGUGCAGACUUUCAUGUCAAACAAGCCAAAAAUUCUUCUAUUGUUGGUGAACGUCUUUCAGAUUAUUUAAUUAAUCUUAACUAUGAUAUGAUUGGUUCACCUAAUUAUAUAUUUGCUAUUUAUGAUGGCCGUUCAGCUAAUAGCGAUACUCCAUCACAAGCGCUUCCUGGUAGUAAUAAAAUUACAACGUUGUUUCAAGAUUGGUUUAUUCGACAGAACCUACCAUAUGAUUAUACAAAUUUCACUGGUGACAGUGAUUAUGCUCCAUUUUUAGCUGAAGGUAUAGUUGCAGGUGGAUUAUUUUCUGGCGCAUUCGAAGUCAAAACACAAAACCAACGUGAUCGAUAUGAUCAAAUGCUUGGUCAAGGUUUAGGAGGUAUUGCAGGUGUUGCCACAGAUCCAUGCUAUCACAGACCAUGUGAUACAAUUCAGAAUAUUAAUAUAUUAGGAUACGAGAAAAUGGUGAAAGCAGCUGCUUAUGUUUUAGAAUUCUUAGGUCGAGAGAAUGAUUUAAAAACGUGGUUGUAUCCUUCAAUUGAAAUUCAACGUCUCGCUGAUCGAUCACAAAAAAAAACACGACCAGCGUACAAUUCAAUUAACGAAUAUUUUGGAUUACCUUAUUAUUGA